AUGUCUGGACCUCGCGUUGCAUGGAUUGGCCUCGGUAACAUUGGCCGGGGCAUGAGCCUAAACAUCGCCCAGAAAGGGCCCCAAAACGGCCCCUUAAUCCUCUACAACCGCACCCAAUCCCGCGCAACAGCCCACGCCCAGAAACUCGGCGACAAAGCAACAGUCGCCGCAACCCUAAACGAAGCCGUUAACAAAGCCGACCUAAUCUUCACCUGCGUCGGCGACGACGCAGCGCUCGACUCAAUCGUGACCACAAUCCUAGAAGACAAGACCCUCGAUCUAAGCAACAAAACAUUCAUCGACUGCUCAACCGUGCACCCAGACACAUCGCGCAAAACGGAAUCCGCCUACAACGCCCGCGGCGCGGGCUUCGUCGCAUGCCCCGUCUUCGGCGCGCCGAAUAUGGCCGAUGUAGGCGGCUUGAUUGUCGUACCGGCUGGUAAACAAUCGUCCAUUGCGAAAGCACGACCCUUCCUCGACGGCGUAGUCGCCAAACAGAGCAUUGACCUAUCCAGUGGAACUGGAUCCGAUAUCGAUGUCGGAAAGGCAUCUACGAUGAAAGUCAUCGGGAACACAUUUAUCCUCAAUACCGUCGGUGUACUAGCCGAGUCACUUGUCGCGGCUGAGACCUCUGGACUGGGUGUUGGGCCGUUGAAGGAGUGGAUUGAUUUGUUUGCGCCGGGGCCUUUUGCGAAGUAUGCCGAUAGGAUGGUUGGGGGCGAUUAUUAUCAGCGGGAGGAGCCGCUUUUUGCGGUAGAUCUUGCCAGGAAGGAUUUGAGGCAUGCUUAUGGGAUUGCGGAGGGGGCUGGACAGCGCAUGAGGAAUGUUGAGGUUACUGAUUCUUUGUUGGAGGGGGUUAAGGGGGAACGGGGGGAGAGUGGGGAUAUUGCUGCUGUUUAUGGGGUUGUUAGGCAGAGGGCUGGGUUGGAGUUUGAGAAUGGGAAGGAGAAGGGGGAGUAG